CCCUCGCUGCUCGUAUCUUCUUCGGCUCGGGAAAACCUCUUCCGUUUCGACCUUCUCUAAUCCCCCUACUCUCCGUCCACCCUUCCGCCUUCCCCACCAAACCCGCCUCCGCUCGUCGCCCCCUUCGACGACCAGGCCAGAGCCCGCGACUGGACGCGGUCUCGAUUGGCAGCUCGGCUCGGACGGCGAGACUUGGAUCUCGGUGGUGGUUGAUCUGUCUGGAAUAGCAAGCCAUGGCGGCCACGGACUCCGACCCCGCCGUCACCACCUCCACCUGCGCGCACUGUCACCGGGAAAUUCCAUCUUCAAACAUUGCAUUGCACAGUGUGCACUGUGCUCGAAACCUUCAAAAGUGCGAACAUUGCGGAGAUAUGGUUCCAAGGAAGCUUAUGGAUGAACACUACGACGAAAACCAUGCUCCGGUGAAUUGCUCACUUUGCAAACGCAGUGUAGAACGUGAGCUAUGGGAUCUUCAUACAGGCAUACAAUGCCCACAGAGGAUGCUCGCAUGCCAAUACUGUGAGUUUGAACUGCCCGCAAUCGAUCUUUUUGAGCAUCAGGAUGUAUGUGGAAAUCGAACAGAAUAUUGUCAAAUUUGCAGGAAGUACAUCAGACUUCGUGAAUGGAUUGGACAUGAACUCCAGUUCCAUACGAACUCAAAUGCUGCUACAGAACUUUCAAGUGACAGAACUAUGCUGGAAGAAGAGCGUGCUCCGGUGGCAGCAGCGGAGCAUCCAGUACGACCUACCGCCCAUGCUUCACAUCGCACACAACUGCUCUUGACAAUUGCAAUAACUGGAAUUGCGGUUAUAAUUGGAUCAAUCUUGUACCAAAAGAAGGGAUGACCGUGCGAAGUCCACUGACCGGGGAGGUGGGGACUGAUAAAUGUUCCAAGCAUGAAUGUAAAGCAGUCUUUUGACGUCUCUUUAUGUAUAAAUUCAUUCAUAAUCCAUAUUUAGAACUUGUACCCUGAGAAUACAGCUUGAACCCCCGUUCAAGAGAAAAAAAAGGAAUAGUGCAGCUUAAACUACAACAUAGGUCCGUUUAUUUUAGCUGUGGAUUGUGAAAAGUAGUUUGCAUAUUGUAAAAGUUAGAUUGUGAAAGCUGAAUUAUAAAAGUUAGAUUGUA